GUGUCGCAAUAGCGGAUUUGUUAGUUAUAGAUAGUCUAAUGUGCGAGAGGAGAGGAAGGGGCAGCAGUCUUUUGGUUCUCUCACAAACGAACGAGCUCCAGGUCGCAAUCUUACCUUGAAGCAACUGAAAAUGUUUUUUGUCAAACGAAGAGUUAAUUCUUGUCCCAGAUCUGUACAAUGCUUCAAAUAAGAACGUAACAGUUUUAGGUUGUCGCUGUAGGCUAUGCGUUUUUCCCUUUUAGGCUGUCUAAAAUAUUGAUGUGAGGAAAAUGUAAGAUCAUCUCGUUAAACUUGCUGAACGGGUUGACAUUAUGACCCGUUUUACCCAUAUUUCAUAUUUUGGUGGCUGAUUAUUUUUUGAUAGUGAAAACUAUAAUAAUGUGGACCCGAUCUACAUUCAUGUUUCUCUUCGGUGUAUUCUCUGCGAUUAAAGUUCAAUCUGCCCAAGAAGAUGAGCUGUGUCCUCGACAAGAGCCCCUUCCUGGAGUUUUGGUCUUGAAAUUAGGAAGCAAUGUUGUGCUUGGCUGCAGAGGCCAUGUCACUGUGGACGACGUGCUGUUGGCUUCGACCAGUGUCAUGAAUAAAAAAUACAGAAACAAGCAGAGAGAAGACAUCACUGUCAGCUGGACAUCCAAAAGAGUUUAUGCUAAUGCUACACAAAUAACCAGUAUGAAGGGAGAUGCUACAAUUGGAACAUACCAAAAGACUGAUUCUGGUAUGUAUACCAAAACUAAAGGGGACACGACGGUCACUAUGAAACCCCCUGUAGCCAUAAGAAAGGAACAAAGCACUUCUAGACGAGUUUUGCGUGCUGUCAGUCAAACUGCUGGACAUGAAGAAGAGGCCUUCGGUAUCACCAUGGGCACAGAUCCUGAUCUAGAUGAUUAUGAGGACUAUGAUUAUGAAGAGGAAGGCUCCAGGGUUACACGAGGCAUCAAAAAGCGAACACGCUGGACUCUCAAUGGACGACAAGUGCAUGUUGGUGUGGAAAGGGGUGGGAUUUUAAGACGUCCGCAUCUCAGCUUGGCAGAUGCUGGGAAUUACAGCUGCUACAGAGGAGAGAGACUCAUUUCCACAUUCAAAAUCAGCGUAGGGGCGCCUCCAGAGAGACCCACUGUCUUUUGCUACAGGAAGUUUCACACUAGUAAGGUCCGCUGUGAUUGGACGUCCAAAGAUCCGGUAACCCCACGGCCGCUGUGUUACCUACUUCUUAAUAGAGGAUUGUUCGGUAACAUCACUCAUGUACCUUGUUCAUUCUCCCGGUCCCGCUGUUGGUGUGCUUUCCCUGUGGAGGAGGGUGACAGAACUCUCCAUGUGGCAAAAAUGUGUGUGUCUAACACAGCAGGCAGUGCCACGAGCCCUGAACUCAGCUUCAAGCUACACGACAUCAUUAAGCCAGACCCCCCAACCAGAGUGGUGGUGAGAGCAGUCGAGGGCCAGAAGCAUAUCCUUAAAGUAUCCUGGUCUUAUCCCAGUUCCUGGAAGCAUGGCUUCUAUGUCCUGCAUUUCCAGCUGAGAUACCGACCACAACUCGCAGAGCAGUACCAGCCAGUGUUGAUAGAUGAUAGGGCUGACAGACAACAGUCCUGGACAAUUUAUGAUGCUCUGCCUAACACUCAGUAUGAAGUGCAGCUUCGGGCCAAGGAUGAGUUUGAUGGCGUCUGGAGUGACUGGACUGAUACUGUCUUGGCAGCCACUUGGUCAGAUCUUGAGACGACUACUUCCUCUGAGAGCAAUACCUUGGAACCCUUUGAGAUGUUUCCUGAAGGUUCUGGAGGAUCUGGAGAAGAUCCUGGUGUAGGAUCAGUAGUAAUAGUUGGAGCUGAUGAUAUUGGACAUGCUACUGCGUGGCUGUAUGUGUCGUGUGUUUUUGGGCUGUUUUUUCUUGUAGCCCUCACCAUGCUCACAGUCUUUUUCUUCAGGAAUAAGCUGCAUUUUAUGUCUAGAUUAGGAAAACAGACUUUGCCCUUUACGUUGCUCCUUCAUUCCUCUCGCCCUUUUCCCGCUCCUGCUGCCUCUGAACAGCUUCCAGAGGAGGGAAAGUCACUGAUGUCACCUCCCAAGCACAGCCUGCAACACUUCCUUCCUGUUGAGCAGGAGGGCAUUCAUCUGCAUAACAUGGAUUAUUUCCUGUCUCCAGGGUCUGAGAGUGUGAGGGUCUGACUGAGGGACAGACAUGAGUAGAUGAAACCUCACUGUAGUAGAUACACUGUGAUUGACUAAAGGUCACACACUGUGUCUUUGUUAUGGUUCAAUAACAGUAUUAUGAGUUUGUAAAAAAAAAUUGUAUACAAAGUAAUUCACUAUCCUUUCUCGAUAUUUUUGACUCCUUUCAAAACUAUUUGUAAAUAAGUAUUUUUAAAGCAACUUCUACAAAAUGACCAUCUGUUGGGCAGUCUCACAUGUGAAGCUAAAGCACUUUUUAUAAGUUGCUCUGAAUAAGAGUGUUGGCUAAAUGCCUUACAGGAAUGUUACAGGUUCAGUACAAGAUAAUCUUAUUCAACACACACACAAAUGAUAAUGCUAAUGAUACAGUGUAGAUUUUAACAUUGACAGAUUUGCCCCAUUCACUUCCAUUGUUAAAACUUUUUAAACUUUUUCAAAUGUGAAAAUGGCAUACAAUCAUGUAUAAUUUGCAGUGCUGAAUUAUAUUUUAAUUUCUGUCUGUACAUUGCUUUUUAAAAUGCAUAUUGUUCCAGCUUUAUAAAGGAUAGUGACUUACAAACCCCAAAAAAGUCAAAGGUGACAAUGGAAAGAAUAAUCCUUUCAAGUGGUUGUGUGAGAUAAGGGAGAACAAAGAUCUUGGCAGAUCUUGGUUAACACAAAUUUGAACAAAUUUCUUCAAAUAAAGAAAGAAAUCUAUCGAUAAAAUGAAACCGAAACUGAUAUAACUGUUUUUUCAUGCCAUCUGUGUGUGUGGACAUACUGGAGCAUCACUGGACUAAACGUACAGUAGACCGGCAGUGAAAUACAUUUCUACUAGAAAUCUUCACAUCUGCACAAUCAGACACUGAAAACCUUGGAGGACAACCUGUAUUCAGUUUGUCAAACAUCAAGAAAAUAUCAAAUUUAAGAUUUAUGCUCUGUUGAUGAGGCAAACCAGAAGGUAAGAGAAAACACUUUAUUACGGCAAGUGUAAUAAUAAUUAAUUGUGAUUAAUUGUGAAACUCAGGUGUGAUGCCAACAUUUUUUUUAAACAAAUGUCAUAUCACUAUCUUUGAUAAAAAAUAAAAACUAUCAAUUUA